AUGCACUUCGAAGGUCAGCUACCCAUCGAUAAACCUCUGAAUGUCCCAGAUCGGGCUCACUUCCCUUCCACAUUCCUUCAUGGUUACGCCACGGCAGCCACCCAGAUUGAAGGGGGUGUAUCGGCGGACGGGAGGGGUCCGAGCAUCUGGGAUUCUUUCAGUCGGGAACCCGGGGUUAUCAAGGAUAACACCACAACUGACAUUGCAACGCGGUCCUAUCAGAUGUGGGGAGAAGAUGUCGAUCUCUUGAGCCAACUCAAUGCCAACACGUAUCGGUUCUCAAUCUCAUGGUCUCGCGUUAUCCCAUUAGGGGACAGAGACGCGCCAGUCAACCAGAAAGGUCUUGAGUAUUAUGACAGACUGGUUGAUGCGCUUCUGGACAAUGGCAUCACACCAUUCGUUACACUGCACCAUUGGGAUGUACCGCUUUCCCUCCAGAACAGAUAUGAUGGGUGGUUAAACGCGGAGGAGAUGACCAAAGACUUUGUGCGCUUUGCUGAUGUAUGCUUUGCACGCUACGGCGACCGUGUCAAACACUGGGUCACGAUAAACGAACCUUUGACAGUGACCAACAUCGGCUAUGGAAGUCCGAAGCAUGCGCCAGGAUACGACAGUGCAUUGCUGACGUUCAGUGCGGGUUACGGCAUGUUACAUGCUCAUGCUCACGUGGUUGAUGUGUAUCGACGGAUAUAUCAGCCGACCCAAAAUGGACAGAUCGGGAUAGCUUUGUGCGGCACGUUCGGUGUUCCUUUCAGCGCCUCGGAACAGGAUCGUGUAGCCGUCCAGGCAAAGUGGGACUUUCAGUGGAACUGGUUUGCCUCCCCUAUCUUCUUGACUGGCAAGUAUCCGGAGUCGAUGAUAACUCAUUACGGUACCCGCCUCCCUCCCAUAAGCUCGGAAUUAUCUUCGCUUCUGCUUGGUAGUGCGGACUUUUUUGCUUUCAAUACCUACUUUUAUAAUGCUGUCAGUAAAGACGGGGACGACGAACUGAACGCAUUGACCACCGAGCACUAUCACUUCUCCAAUGGGUCCGAAUUCGGUCAUCCAGGUAGGUUGCCGUUCCUCCGUGCUGCAGUUCCUAAGAGAUUAUACGACAUGGUCCAUUUCCUUGGCAAAACAUACAAGAAGCCGAUGUAUCUCACUGAAUUUGGCUUUGCUCGAAAGAAUGAACAAAACAUGGAUCUGAUCGAUGCCGUUGAAGACGCAGAGAGGGUUCAAUAUUUGCAGGAAGCCUUAGACGCUUUACGACUGGCAGUGCACGAAGGUGUCGACUUGAGAGGGUGUUUCAUCUGGACUUUGACGGAUAAUUGGGAAUGGUCGGAAGGAUUUACGUGGCGAUUGUGA